GGUGUUGGGGAGAUUUGGAAGGCUUCCUGGAGGCGGUGAUUUUGAGCAGAGUUUUAAAGGGCAAGUUUAUUUAUUCUCUGAACGAAUAUAGGCGCCUACUAUUUUCCAGAUCUCUGGGGCCUCGCGGCUUAGUGCUGCUGAUUUGUGCCAAACCUGCUAGGACCCUCUCCCUCAAAGGGUGCGCCCACUCACCAGAGGGAUGCCAACCACACCCGGGUUCGCCAGGGUUUUGACAAAGACCUCUGUGGCCUCCACCUGUCGACCCCCGUUAGUGCCAGGGAGGGGCGCGGAUGCCCAGCUCUCGUCACGGCCCGCCUCUGCACACAGUAGGUGCCCGACGUCGGACAGUUCGGUCCACAGCCCCCGAUGGAGCGCGGGCGGGCGCGGGCGGACUACAUCUCCCAGCAUGCCCCCCGCAGCCCCGGAGCCAGGCGAGGCUCGGUGAGUCAGAGCCGCACAGUAAAUAUUUGUAUUAGCCGGAGCCGGCUCGCUAAUGGUGGACGCGUGAAGCGGAGGAGCGGGCAGCGCGGCGGUGGUGGCGCCAUGUCCGUGAACAUGGAUGAGCUUAAGCACCAGGUCAUGAUCAAUCAGUUCGUGCUGGUCAACCGGAAGCGGCGCGUGCAGGGCUGUAAAACCUCAAUUCUUAGGCCAACACUGGAGCCCCCUCACUCCAGUCCCCAGGGCCUCCAGAUGAGCUGGUCUGACCCAGGCAGCUCUCAUCCCCCUUUCCUCACAGUCCUGGGUGUAAACCCCACCUCUGCCAUCCUCCUGCUCUGUCACCUUGAGAACAUUCUGCUGGAGACUCAGACGGCCCUCAGCGCCUUUUUCCAGGAGACCAACAUUCCCUACAAUCACCACCACCACCAGAUGAUGUGCACUCCCGCCAACACCCCUGCAACGCCUCCCAACUUCCCAGAUGCCCUCACCAUGUUCUCCCGUCUCAAGGCCUCUGAGAGCUGUGGCGGUGCCACAUCACCCCCGCCCCCCUUGCCCCACGGUGCCACCGGCAGCUUUGCAGCGCCCAGCUGGCCAAUGGUGGCUUCACCCUCAGGGGGACCACAGCACCACCAGCCACAGCAGCCGCCCCUGUGGACUCCGGCACCCCCUUCCCCGGCGUCAGACUGGCCACCCCUGGCCCCCCAACAAGCUGCCUCAGAACCAAGGGCCCACCCUGCCAUGGAGGCUGAGAGAUAAGGGAGGCCCCUCCCCCCUCCCGGAGGCCAGGACCCCGUGGGGCGGGGGAGAAGACAUCUCCACUGGCCCCCUUUACCCUCUGUCUGCACCCCCAUUCCCUGGAGCCCUGGAGGGGAGAGACUGGACUCCCUGUGCCAGCACACAGGCUGCCUGCAAGUAUGCAGAAGUGCAGGCACACAGCACCCAGCUUGCAUGGAUUUGGUUCAGAUCAUCUGGGUGCUGGUGGACAGAACUUCAGAGACCAAACAGUCUUUCCCAGAGGACUCACCCCACCUCAGGAGGCUGCGGAGACUUGCCUGGCUCCUACUGGAGACUUGCGCUCCUACCAUGGAGCUCCUUGGGGCAGGCAGGCCUAGAUCCCCACCCUCGGGAAUGCAGAGCCUUCUCCGCAUGUGUGCGUGUGGCUGUGUCUGUGUAUUUAUACGUAUGUUACUCAAGAAGCAACCUAGUUCAUGGGGCAGCUGGACUUUGCAUGUUAGAGUGAGCCCUGAGUCCCUUGCCCGCUGCCCCCCUCCCCAGGGCCUCUUCUCUCCCCCAACUCAGUAGCCAGCCUUCCUGUUCCCUGCAGAGAAAAGGAUUGUGGGAAACUCCAGGACUCUUCCCACCCACCCCCCAGUGCCUGCCUGCUGGGACUGCCUGCAUGCCUUGCCCAGAGCCCGGGGGUACCCCAUACCCAGUUCCUUUCCCCCUUUUAACAAAGGAGAAGAAAGAGUUCCAAACCACCA